UGCAAAUUGACCAAAAAAAAAAAUAAACAUUCAAAAUUGCAAGACAAGCAGAACUCAAAAUCUGCAAAAGUGUGAGUGGGAGCACGAACGUAGAGAUGGAAGUGGAGCAGAAUCAGAAUCUGCAAUUAGGGUUUCCCUUCUGGAAACCGAUUCGUCGCAGGUUCGGACCUGAUUCUCCUUUCUUCGCUACCGGCAACCUCGAACGAGAACUUCUCGCCAAACAGGUUGCCUUGCAAUUAACAGAAGAGAAGCAACAGCUUGAGAAUUGGAUACAAGAAGAAGGAAGGGAAGUUUUUUGUCCCAUUGUUGGUUGUGGUGCACGCUUGACAUCAAUGGAGGACUUUGAAAAUCACUAUAAUGCAAGGCAUACUGCAUCCUGUUCUGUGUGUUCCAGGGUCUACCCAACAACACGUCUUCUGAGCAUACAUGUAUCUGAAGUACACGAUUCUUUCUUUCAGGCAAAAGUUGCACGUGGCUAUGAUGUGUAUGAAUGCUUAGUGGAAGGGUGUGGUUUGAAAUUCAAAAGCUACAAUAGCAGGCAGCAGCAUCUGGUUGACAAGCAUAAAUUCCCCAUUUCAUUUGAGUUUUUCAAGAAGUCUCGACCUUCAAAGAAACAGAGGUCGAAGUCCCAACGCAAACAAACUGUUCGUAAAGAAGAUGCUUCCGGCAUGAUGGAAGUGGAAAAUGCAGCCAUGGACGACCUUGUUUUAGCUGUCUCUAAAUUGAGCACUUCUGACUCCAUUCCUUCAUCCAUCAGCUUUGGCCGCCGGCACAAAGGGUUGUCGUUUGUCCCCCGAGCUGUUCAGCGUGGUAAUGGAUCAAACUCAUCAGCGUCCAUGACAAAGAGAUAGAUAAUAAGCUUGCAUUUCUUAAUUGCAAAGUGAUCAAUCUUCAGAUUCUGCUUCAUUAUAAAAUCUAUGUGGAUGUCUUCUAUUCAGAGAUUGAAAAGCUGAUUUUGAAGAUCGGGAAAGUAGAAUCGUGCUGGAGGAUAUAAUAACUUCAUACAUUAUUAGUAUUAUCUUUUUGUGCUCCCACUUGGAGCUAUGUUUUCCCAACACAGGCUAUGUGCCCAGGCGAAUAUACCUGGUUGAUGAUAUGAUGUGAAGAUUUUAAGCUUGUGUCUGAUAUUGUUCUGUUAAUUUAUCAAGCCUUUACUGAAUAGUCACUUUGUGAUUAGAGUUGAAAGAGACCACUCUGACAGCUUGCAUUAUGUUUGUUGCAACGAAUAUAAAGUACCUAGCAAGCUUAAAAAUGGCAAUUGCUGUUCACUUUUAUUUUAAGUUUCCUUCCUUUUAUAUACAUGUUUUAAG